CGGGUCACUGGCACCACGGAUCACUUGGAGUCUGCAAUCGAUUGCGGUGCCUGUGAUCUGACAUCGGCAACUAUGCCUGGACGUGAAAUUUCGCGGGAAAGGGCGCGAGAAGUAGCGCGCUAUAGAUGUUGUGAUUGUGGUUCGGCGGCUGUCGUAUGCUGUCACCAUGGGAAUUCACGGCCUUGCGAAGCUCAUCGCCGAUCAGGCACCGUCUGCAAUCAAAGAGCAUGAUAUCAAAAGCUACUUCGGGCGGAAGAUCGCCAUAGAUGCAUCCAUGAGUAUUUAUCAGUUCCUGAUCGCGGUCAGACAGGAUGGAAAUGUGCUACAGAACGAGGAUGGGGAAACGACGAGCCACCUGAUGGGCAUGUUCUACAGGACCAUCCGUAUGUUAGAAAGCGGAAUCAAGCCAGUGUACGUGUUUGACGGAAAGCCUCCACAGCUCAAGUCCGGCGAGCUGACGAAGAGAGGAGAGAGGCGGGCUGAGGCAGAGAAGCUUUUGGCCCAGGCGCAGGAAGCAGGAGAACAGGAGAACAUUGAGAAGUUCACAAAGCGCUUGGUUAAGGUUACCAGCCAGCACAAUGAUGAAUGCAAGAAGCUGCUGAAGUUCAUGGGUGUGCCCUACAUUGAGGCUCCAUGUGAAGCAGAGGCCAGCUGUGCUGCAUUGGUGAAAGCAGGGAAGGUCUUUGCCACGGCGACCGAGGAUAUGGACGGCCUGACGUUUGGCACGAAUGUCCUGCUUAGACAUCUUACUGCCAGUGAAGCAAAGAAACUGCCCAUUCAGGAAUUUCACUUCAGCCGUGUUCUGCAGGACAUGGGUCUGACACACCAGCAGUUCGUGGACCUUUGCAUCCUGCUCGGCUGUGACUACUGCGGCACCAUUAAGGGGAUCGGGCCUAAAAGGGCCAUGGACCUCAUUAGACAACAUCGUUCCAUUGAGGAGAUCUUGGACAACAUUGAUCUGACUAAACAUCCUGUGCCAGAGGAUUGGCUGUACAAAGAGGCCCGUGGACUGUUCCUGGACCCGGAGGUGAUUGACUGCAGUUCUGUAGAGUUGAAGUGGAAUGAACCAGAUGAAGAUGGGCUGGUCCAGUUCAUGUGUGCUGAGAAGCAGUUCAGUGAGGACCGCAUCCGCAAUGGCUGUAAGAAGAUCUUGAAGAGCAGGCAGGGCAGCACACAGGGCAGGUUGGACACCUUCUUCACAGUGACCGGCUCCCUAUCAUCCAAACGCAAGGAACCAGAGACCAAGGGAUCGGCCAAGAAGAAACAGAAGACAAGCGCCACUCCUGGGAAGUUCAAGAAAGGCAAAUAAUGUGCAAAGCAGACGAGGAGUGUGCUGUGUGCUGGUGCUGUGUGCUGGUGCUGUGUGCUGGUGCUGUGUGCUGGUGCUGUGUGCUGGUGCUGUGUGCUGGUGCUGUGUGCUGGCAGAUCUCUCCCUCUCUCGAUUUUGAACCAGACAUCAUCCUCCACAAAAAAAGUGUGACUGAAUUCUAGAUAGUAACUGAGUAGAUUUUAACCAGAGAACAAAUUUGGUUCUAGCAAUAUACAGUAAAAAUAUAUUUUUUUGUUUUACUGUGCUCUGUAUACAGAUGGCCUGUAAAUGUAAUAUGAACCUGAAUAAAUUUCUGUUGUACUUCA